AUGCUUAAACACUUGCUUCUUCUCCAAUCGUUCUUCUUCUGCCUCAUCAAUGUAGUUUUCGUCGGAGGACGGUUAAUCGGCGGCGGUUUCUCAUCGGAAGAGAAUCCAUUCACACCAAAAGCAUCUCUAAUCCGUUACUGGAACAAAGAGAUCCAUGGCCAAUCUCUCAGAUCGGAGUUUCUAAUCUCCAAAGCUUCACCGUUAACCGCCGUAGAAUCCGCCACUUUCUCAAAACUCGCCGCCGAGAACUCGCUCCCGACUCGUUUCCCCGAUUUCUGCUCCGCCGCAAACCUAUUCUGUUUUCCCGAUUUAACCCCGAGUCUCGAGAAACACGACUCCGACUCCAAAUUCUCCGUCUACGACCAAAAGAACUUCACAAACUACGGCAGUGCUCGUGCCGGAGGCACCGACUCGUUCAAAACCUACUCAAAAGACGGUAACGUCGUCACCGACUCAUUCCGUAGAUACGGCCGUAGCGCGGCCGCUCACGACGAGAAAUUCACCGUUUACGCCGAGAGCAGCAACGUCGUGGAGGAGAAUUUUAAUUCGUACGGUACUUUCGGUACAGGAGGAGCCGGAGAAUUCACAAACUACCAAAACGGAGUUAACAAUCCGACGAGCCGAUUCACGGCGUAUUCCGACGGUGGUAACGGAAAGACUCAGUCUUUCAAAACCUACACUCACGAAGCUAAUGCCGGUAACGGCCAAUCGUUCACUUCUUACGGCAAAAACGGUAACGGAUUACCUAACGAGUUCGCUUCCUACGGCGUCUCCGCGAAUGUAAUCGGCUCUGGUUUCUCGAAUUACGGCGAGAGCGGAAAUGCCGCGAACGACACUUUCACAAGCUACGGAAGCGACGGUAAUGUUCCUCAGAACAACUUCAAAAACUACGGUUCUUCCGGUAACUCAGCGGUGGACACAUUCGCGAAUUACAGAGAUAAGGCCAACGUCGGAGACGAUUCGUUCUCGUCUUACGCGAAAGACUCGAACGCGGAGAAGGUUAAUUUCGUAAAUUACGGCCAAUCUUUCAAUCCCGGAUCGGAGACUUUCACCGGUUACGGUAAAGAUGCGGUAAAUCACAAAAUCAGCUUCAAGACAUACACACCGAACUCGACGUUCAAGGAUUACGCGAAAAAAGGCGUCGGAUUCGCUAAAUACAACGUGUCGUCUAGCUCAGCAACCACCGCCAAUGGCGAGGGCAAAACCGUAAAUAAGUGGAUCGAGCCGGGUAAGUUCUUCAGGGAAUCUGUUCUUAAGGAAGGAACAGUGAUUCCUAUGCCUGACAUUAAGGAUAAAAUGCCUAAAAGGUCGUUUUUACCCCGGAGUAUUAUUACCAAACUACCCUUCACCGCUUCGAAAAUCGGCGAGAUCAAGAGGAUCUUCCACGCCGGAGAGAACUCGACGAUGGGGGGUAUAAUCACGGAGGCGGUGACGGAGUGCGAGAGAGCACCGAGCGUCGGAGAGACGAAACGGUGCGUCGGUUCGGCGGAAGACAUGAUCGAUUUCGCCACUUCGGUUCUCGGUCGGACCGUGGUGGUCCGAACGACGGAGAAUGUUGCCGGGUCAAAGCAGAAAGUGGUGGUCGGAAAAGUCAACGGGAUCAACGGUGGUAAAAUAACGAAAGCCGUGUCGUGUCACCAGAGUUUGUACCCGUACCUAUUGUAUUACUGUCACUCGGUGCCUAAGGUUCGAGUCUACGAAGCGGAUCUUCUUGAAUUGAACACUAAGAAGAAGAUUAACCAUGGGAUCGCCAUCUGUCACAUGGACACUUCAUCAUGGGGUCCGAGUCAUGGAGCUUUCUUAGCUCUCGGGUCGAAACCGGGUCGGAUCGAAGUUUGUCAUUGGAUAUUUGAGAACGACAUGAACUGGGCUAUUGCUGAUUAA